AUGUUAUCGCGUUAUGUUGUGUCGCAAGUGAAGCACAACUCGUAUUUUCUAGUAGGAGUUGCGUUAGGUCUAUGGGUGUCAUUGGUACUGGUCCCUUUCGAUGAAGACACGGCUCCGUGUGUUGCUGGCAGAGAACCCGUGGCAAAUAACCUUGAGGGAGCACAAAAAGAUGAUUGGGAGCCCCACCGAGAAGAAAGACCAUUAGGGCCAGCAGGACAACCUGCGAGGGCUGUGCAAAGGCCACGCUAUUACUCUACAGAGUUGGGAAUGCGUGCCCCACUUCUUGCUGGAGUGCUGAGCUCUGAAGAAAUGUUGGAGAGCCGUGCAUCUGCUAUUAAUAAAACCGCUGCUGGAUUACUGCCAGCUCUACGGUUCUUCAUCACUGCUAGCUCUUUACAAGUGAAGCCGGGCAGAGCCAAUGUAGUUGGCUUCACAGAUACUAGAGAAAUGUUGAAGCCCUUUCAUGCCCUGAAAUAUCUAGCAGAUAACUAUUUGGAGGAAUAUAAUUUCUUCUUCCUCGUCUCAGAUAUGACAUAUGUGAAUGCCCGCAAAUUAAAUGAGCUGGUUUCCAAAUUGAGUGUUAGUCAAGAUGUGUAUAUGGGUGAGGUGGCAGAAGACGAUACACACUACUGCACACUCGAGGGUGGAAUCUUGCUAUCGAAUUCUGUGCUGCGCGCAGUACACACAUCAUUAGACUGGUGUGUACGCAACUCAUACUCAGCUCGCCACCAUGAAAACAUCGGCCGCUGUAUCUUGCAUGCUGCACAUGUUCCUUGUACGGCAGCUCUACACUCUCACCGCUACCAGUCUUCACGUGAUGCCCCUCUAGAAACACCUCUGGCCGCCGCGGUAACAGCAUACCCACUACUGGAGCCGCAGCAGUUCUACCAAGUGCAUGCAUACGUUUCGCGUGUACAUUUGGAAGAUGCACAUAACGAAAUAAAUGGAGUGCGCGCAGCUGCCGCAGCCAGUUUGAGGAAACAUCCGCGUGGUUAUCGGAAUGCCACUUGGCCACCUGCGUUGCGUGCUGAUGCUGGUCUUGCUCCCCCUCCACCACCAACUAGGUUUGAUCAUAUGCGUUGGACACGAUUUAAUGCCACACAUGCACUGAUGCCUGACGAGCAAACAGUAGUGGGUGCACUGAGUGGGGCAACACUGCAGGCUGUGGAGUUAAUUGUGGAAGAGGCCACAGCUUGGGCUCGUGAACGAUGGCGUGUCCCAAAUGCACAGCUUGUGGAGGGCGCCUGGUGUUGGGAACCGCCCUACGCCCUGCGGUACCGGUUACUGUUAAGGCUGAGUGGUACAGAUUCGGGUGACACUGUAAGGCAAGUCGAAGCAGUGCGGCCGCUUGGUGCAGCUCGUUUGGCCCCCGCUCGCUACGUCACGGAGAGCAGUCGCGUCACUAUAGUUUUAGGAGUGGCACCCCUAUUAUCCCAUGAGCGUCAAGCUCUCGAUAUGCUACGACGCUACGAAAGUUCGUGUCUCGAGCGAGAUGCGAAUACAGCGCUAGUUCUAGUCCUAAUAGGCACAGGAGAUUGGGAACAGUUGCACGUGGCAGCGACGGCUCUCGGUGAACGGCACCGCGCUGCUCACAUCGAUGUAUUGGAUAGCGUAUUGCCAGAGGAGUACAGCAAUAUGACCAGUAGCGCCAGUGAUGAAUUGUGGCGAGAGUGGGUAGCUCGCUUGGCGUUAGAAUCGGCAGCAGCACGCCUCCCGAAGGAUGCACUGAUGUUGUUACUCCCAACAGACGCAGACUUUUCAGAGGACUUUCUUAAUAGGGUCCGUAUGAACACCAUAGCUGGCGAACAGUGGUAUCUAGCGAGUGGCUUCUGGCGUUACGCGCACUACUCACAUCCGCGUUGGAUAGAACCGGACGGUACUCGUCCGCAGCUCGGAACUGGUCGCUUUGCGCGGGUGCCCCUUGUGUUGGCCGCGUACCGUGCUGACUGGAGUGCAGCGCGAGACGCUUGGCAGGGGGAGAAAGAUGCCGCGCCGGCUGCUAUACUAGCUGCUGCGCCGCUACGCGCUCUGCAUGCGCCUGACCCGGCAUUGUUGCGUUCACCGCAUCCUCCCCCGUGUCCAUAUGAAAGCGCUGCCGAGGCUUCAGCGUGUUUACAGGGCGAGCGCGACGCGGACUUUAUGCGUUUGAAUUUAGGUGCGCGUCAUACACUCGCCAAGUUGCUGCUGCAGGAACAAGCUUCCCUUGUCUGA